GCUACUCUCCUCUAUGGUUUGGCGUGGAAAGACAGUUGAGAGGGGAAGAGUGACAAGUGAACCGAGAGGAAGAGUGAGGGGAAGAAGGGAAUAAAAUAAAGUGCAUGAGGACUGUGGACAUGGAUGCCCUAGCACUAGAGGCCACCAGCACUAAGAAGCCGGCUAACGGUGUGGCGGUGCCUGCCCCGGUGCCGGCUCCAGCCCCGGCCAAACGCAAACCUGCUAAAAAAGCUAAAAAGGCUGUUGUUUUCUUUGAGGUGGAGAUACUGGAUGCCAAGACCAAGGACAAGCUCUGCUUCCUGGACAAGGUCGAGCCAAAUGCCACCAUCGGAGAGAUCAAGUCUAUGUUCCACAAGAGCCAUCCUCAGUGGUACCCAGCCAGACAGUCCAUCCGCCUCGACCCCAAGGGGAAGUCUUUGAAGGAUGAGGAUGUUCUGCAGCAUCUCCCUGUGGGAACCACGGCAACCUUCUACUUCAGAGACCUGGGAGCCCAGAUCAGCUGGGUCACAGUCUUUCUGACCGAGUACACCGGUCCUCUGGUCCUCUAUCUGAUGUUCUACUUCAGAGUUCCCUUCAUCUACGCACCCAAAUAUGACUUUACCACCAGUAAACACUGGGUCGUACAUCUCGCCUGCAUGUGUCACUCUUUCCACUUCGUUAAGAGGCUGCUGGAGACGCUGUUUGUCCAUCGCUUCUCUCAUGGAACAAUGCCGCUACGCAACAUCUUCAAGAACUGUACCUACUACUGGGGCUUUGCAGCAUGGAUGGCCUAUUACAUCAACCACCCGCUGUACACACCACCUAUCUAUGGGGAGCAACAAAUCCGACUGGCCCUCAUCUUAUUCCUGUUCUGUCAGAUCGGCAACUUUUCUAUCCACAUUGCUCUUCGGAACCUCCGUCCACCAGGCUCUAAGACCAGGAAGAUUCCUUAUCCAACCAAGAACCCCUUCACCUGGAUUUUCCUGCUGGUCUCCUGCCCCAACUACACCUAUGAGCUGGGCUCCUGGCUUGGCUUCACACUGAUGACCCAGUGCCUGCCGGUGGCCUUCUUCACCUUGGUGGGUUUCAUCCAGAUGACUGUGUGGGCGAAGGGGAAGCAUCGCAGCUACCUGAAGGAGUUCCGCGAUUAUCCUCCUCUCCGCUCUCCCAUCCUGCCCUUCAUCCUGUAGAGGACUACUUGACCGUUCAUCUCUUUCCGCUUGUAGGAGUUAAAUACACCCCCACCCCUAACUGAGGAGGUGCUCUCCCUUUUCCCAACCUUCACUGGAACUUAGUAGACUGACUGGCUGAAAUAUUCUAACCCUGUCCCCUUUUCGCCCCUGAACCAACUUUUCUUUUCCUUCCUGUCUGUGAAUCCUAUAAUAUUGAGUUCAAAUAUAAAUAACUACAUUUGUUCUAUUUUUUUUGUAUUUCCCACAAACCCAUUCUGAUUGGUUAAUUGACGCGUGUGAGUUUGCGCUCCCAGAGCAGUUCUUCACCUUCAAACUACCCAGUAUACUGUUUGACAUACUGUACAUAAAUAAUGUCAAGAUGUUGUUCCACUCUGUCAUCUUGUACUGCUGAUUUGAGGCUGAAUGUGCAUCUAGCGAGAUUCGGUAAAACUUCCAACGGUUUAGUUUUUAUAUCCAUUCAUCUAAAUUUGAAAUCAGACGGCAUGUCAUUUUGUUGUCUGAAGUAAUUUAUUAAAAAAAAAAUGUAAACCAA